UCAAGUUUCUAACGACAACGGAAAACUAACACAAACAUGAAAGCCGCCGUCAUCAUCUUCGCUUGCCUUUUGGCUGUUGUUGUCGCUCGCCCCAAUCCCGAGGCUGAAAUCGUCCGUUUGGACUCUGAUGUCGGACCUGAGAGCUACACCUACAGCUUGGAGACCAGCGAUGGCACCAAGAAGGACGAAGCUGGUCAAUUGAAGGAUGUCGGUACCGAUCAUGAAGCCAUCGUUGUUCAGGGCAGCUUCUCGUGGAAGGACGAGAAGACUGGCGAAGUAUACACUGUCACCUAUACCGCUGACGAGAACGGUUUCCGACCACAAGGCGCUCACUUGCCCGUUGCGCCAGUUGCUUAAGUUAAUUUGAAUUGUGUAAAUUUUUGGUUAAAUUGUUAAAUGAAAUAAAAUGUUUGUAGUUCGUUAGCCACUGAUAAAGCGAAGCGUGAAG